AUGAAAUUGUAUUGUGUGGCGGCUACAGAGAACAGCAGAUGUUUAUUGGAAAAAUGUUCCUUCGAAGAACUUGGAUUAAAUCCUAAAGUUCUUGAAGGUUUACAUGCAUGUGGUUUUGAAGUACCUUCUCCUAUCCAGUGCAAAGCUAUACCUAUUGGGCUUUGUGGUUUUGAUUUAGUUGUACAAGCAAAAUCUGGUACAGGAAAAACUUUGGUGUUUGGAUGCAUAUGCUUGGAAACAGUUAAAACUGAAGUCGACGAACUGCAAGCUUUGAUUUUAUCACCUACGAGGGAGAUUGCUGUUCAAACUCAACAAUUGUUGCAAGAUAUUGGAGUGAAAAUAAAAAAUUUGAAAACUGAAGCUUUCAUUGGAGGUUUACCUAUGAGCACUGAUCGAAAUAAAUUAAAAGGUUGCCAUAUUGCAGUUGGAGCUCCUGGUAGAGUAAAACAUUUGCUAGUGAAUAGGGUGCUAAAUCCCAAUAAUAUAAAACUACUGAUCUUGGAUGAAGCCGAUGUUUUAAUAAACGAAACAUUUAUAGAUGAUAUAAAAUAUAUUUACUCCUGUUUACCAAGCAAGAAGCAAAUAAUUGCAUCAAGUGCAACAUAUUCUUCAGAGUUUGCAAAAUUUACUAAAGUUUUUAUGAAACAACCUUCCACAAUUUCACCACAAUAUGAUGUGCCCGUUCUUCUCGGAGUGAAGCAAUUUAUUACGACGGUUCAUCCUGCAGCUAAUGACCCUCUUAAUAUUGCUGAAUUAAUUCGCAUACUAAGUCAAAUAUCUUUCAAGCAAUGCGUAGUGUUUUCAAAUACAAAAUCUAAUGCAGAACAGGUAUAUGUUUCUUUGAUAAAACAUAACUGGCCCUGCGAAUAUUUAUCUUCUGAUCAUAGCCAAGUGACACGUUUAGCAAUUUUAAGUAAACUUAAAUCAUUUCAAUGUCGAAUUCUUGUUACAACAGAUUUAACAGCUCGUGGAGUUGAUGUAGAAAAUGUGAAUUUAGUUAUAAAUUUAGAAGUUCCUUUAUCACAUGCAACCUACUUGCACAGAAUUGGCAGAGCAGGUCGUUAUGGUACUUAUGGAGCCGCAAUUACUUUUAUUAGUGACAGUAAAGAACUAUUUAAGUUCAAAAACGUCCUGUAUAAAAUAGGUGGUGAUAAUAUUUCUGUAGAUAUUUUACCACAUGAUAAAAUACCCAACAUAUGGGAUAAAAAAGAAAAUUUUGAGUUUGGUAAAGUAUGGGGAGAUGUUUUUUCAGAAUCUUCAGAAAAUCAGAAUCCAAAUAUUGAUCGGCAACAAUAUGAAAGGCCCAUUGAAGUAAUACAAAAUGUAAAUGAAUAUCAAAAAGAUAAAAAAUCAGAUAUUCAUGAGAUUAAGCAAAAUAUAAGCCCUAACAAUAAAAAAUUAAACGAUGGUGUCAAAUACAAUGAAAAAAAUAUGAAAAAUCAUUUACCAGGAAAUGAAACAUUUGUUAUUCCUAAUUUGACAGAAUUACAGAAUGAUAUGGAUAUAUUUAUGAAAACUAACUACAGUGAAAAGGAUAUCAUAGAAAAUAAUAUAAUUAAUAUGGAUGAGAGUUCUGAAAUAUACAAUAGAUUAAUAAAUGAUCCUGAUGGAAAAAAAUGCAUCGAGAAUAUAGAUGCAUUACUCACUGAUUAUGAAUAUAAGACUACAAAUAAUUCUACUAAUAAUAGUAAAUCUUCCACUCCGAACAAAUCUAGUUGUGAAAAUAAAUAUGUGGAGCAAAAUUUGGACUUUAUAACAAAAUUACGUAAAGCUACUUCUGAUUUAAAGUUUGAUACAGAUGAUUCAAACGAUGAAGAUCAUGUGAAUAUUUUAAGAAAGCAUACAACUGAAGAAACAAAAUGUAUACCAAUUAAGCCAGAAAAAAUUAAUAAAAAGAAACUUGAUGAUGAUAGAGCAUUUUUAGAAAUGAUAAAAAGGAAUGCUUCUAAAGAAAUAAUUAAAUAUGACGAUAGCAAAACUUUGCGCCAGGGCAAUGAUACUUCUGAAAUUAAUGAUGACUAUGCAGCAAACAAGUUUAGGAAAGCAGUACAAAAUGUAGAUAGUGACACUUUUAAAUGUAAAGAAAACAAUGAAGUUGAUAAUGGCGGUUUAAAUGCUGGCAAUAAUAAAUACAAUGAAAAAAAUAUGAAAAAGCAUUUACCAGGAAAUGAAACAUUUGUUAUUCCAAAUUUGACUGAAUUACAGAAUGAUAUGGAUAUAUUUAUGAAAUCUAACUACAGUGAAAAGGAUGUUAUAGAAAAUAAUAUCAACAUGCAUGAGAGUUGUGAAAUACACAAUAGAUUAAUAAAUGAUCCUGAUGGAAAAAAAUGCAUCGAGAAUAAAGAUGCAUCACUUACUGAUUAUGAUGAUAAGACUGCAAAUAAUUCUACUAUCAAAAGUAACUCUUCAACUCAGGACAAAUCUAGUUGUGAAAAUAAAAAUGUGGAACAAAAUUCGGAUUUUAUAACUAAGUUACGUGAAGCUACUUCUGAUUUAAAGUUUAAUACUGAUGAUUCAAAUGAUGAAGAUCAUGUGAAUAUUUUAAGAAAGCAUAAAAAAAAAGAAACAAAAGUUAUACCAAUUAAGCCAGAAAAAAUUAAUAAAAAGAAACUUGAUGAUGACAAAGCAUUUUUAGAAAUGAUAAAAAGGAAUGCUUCUAGAGAAAUAAUUAAAUAUGACGAUAGCAAAACUUUGCGCCAGGGCAAUGAUACUUCUGAAAUUAAUGAUGAUUAUGCAGCAAACAAGUUUAGGAAAGCAGUACAAAAUGUAGAUAGUGACACUUUUAAAUGUAAAGAAAACAAUGAAGUUGAUAAUCGCGAUUUAAAUGCUGACAAUAAUGAAACUCCCAUGAAAAUAAAUGAUAAAUAUGAAAACAGAAAAAAACUGCAAGCUGUACGUAAAUAUGGAUAUGAUGGAGUUAAAGAAAGUACUUUAGAACAAGCAGGGUUACAUAUAGUACCAGAUAUGUUAAAUGCUGACAAUAAUGAAACUCCAAAGAAAAAAAGCGAUAAAUAUGAAAACAGGAAAAAUCUACAAGAUGUGCAUAAAUGUGUAUAUGAUGGGGCUAACAGAAGUACUUCAGAACAAGCAGGAUUAAAUGCAGCACCAGAUUUGUCUAAAACCAUUGAUUCAUCAUUAGACUCUGCAGAAAGUAACAUGUUUACAACUUUGGCCACUGAUGUAGUUAAUGAAUCUAACAAAAUAAGUUAUUUAGAAACUAAUGAAGAAAUUUUGAACAACCUUGAAACAAAUAUAAUAUCAAGUAUGUCAUCUUUAAAUAUGAAUGACGAUGCAAAUCAAACCUAUCCUUCAUUACAAGAUCAAAUGCAUAAAGACAUUAACAAGCUUGAAAAAAUUUCUAUACUAAAUUCUAUGGAAAAUGAAAACGUAUUGAAACAACAAGCUGAGGAUCGUAGUAUGUUAAUCAAACAUACUAAAAAUCAAUCGUUGAAUUCUAGCAAAAUUUCUUCAUCAAAAAUACUCAAACCUAAAGACAUUGAAAGUAAGGAUCAUAUAGAGAAAUUAAAUUGUUACAAUGAAGAAGCAGAAACUGUGCAUGAAUAUCAAAAGUGGAAUCAUUUAUGGAUGCAGCAAUUGUGGCAAAUUAAUAAUUUUGUCUCUCAAAGCAAUUAUAGCAGAAACAUGUAUUUAAAUUUAUACCAUAAGUGAUACAUUAAAUGAAAUUUUGUUCACUUGAAUUGAAUAAAUUAUCUUUU